GGUAGGUAGAUCAGUUCAGAACCAACACUGACCAAGUUGUUUACAUUUGACAGGCGCCGACUCAACAUCAUGUUUUACCAUAUUUCACUAGAGCAUGAGAUCCUGUUACAUCCCAGGUACUUUGGUCCACAGCUGAUGGACACUGUACGGCAGAUGCUUUUCACAGAAGUAGAAGGCACAUGUACAGGAAAGUAUGGUUUUGUGAUUGCAGUCACAACAAUUGAUCACAUUGGCUCUGGCAUGAUUCAGCCUGGACGUGGCUUUGUUCUGUAUCCUAUCAAAUACAAGGCUAUUGUUUUCCGUCCAUUCAAAGGAGAAGUUCUUGAUGCAGUUGUAACACAGAUCAACAAGAUUGGUCUUUUCUGUGAAAUUGGACCCAUGCAGUGCUUCAUAUCCAGACAUUCAAUUCCACAAGAUUUAGAGUUUGAUCCGAACUCUAAUCCCCCAUGUUAUAAAAGCAGAGAUGAGGAAGUUGUUAUUCAGCAAGAUGACGAAAUUAGAGUCAAGAUCGUUGGUACCAGAGUAGAUGCUACAGAUAUUUUUGCAAUCGGAACCCUCAUGGAUGAUUACUUGGGUCUUACCAGCUAGUGACAGCGUGUGGAGAGAAAAAGUUAUUUUGGUUGUCUAUUUAUUUUGGCUUUGAGAAAAGGAAAAAAGAUGUAUUUGAUUUCAAUGAUUGAUUUACCAACAAUAUGAUCAUGGUUUCACUGGUAAUGCACGGUCACACAUCUCCAGUAUGUGCAUGAAGCGUGACUGAUACUGUGUUAUUACUUCAUUAAUUAAAAGUUUUUUUUU